GCACCCGCUUUCCGGGGGAGUGAAAAUGAACCCGGACGCUUCCUGUGUCACCGCCGGUGGUGUCCGGGCUCUGCUGGAGGCUCGGCGACGCGGGGGGAAAUGGAGUUGAAUUAAAUAAAACAAAGUAAAACGGACGGAGUUUGAGACAAAGGGAGGGAGGGAGGAGGAGGUGGGAUUCUCACCCGGCGAUAUCUGAGCGGAGCGCGGGGAGGAGGAGGAGGAGGAGAAGGAGGAGGAGGUUUCGCCUCGAAUCGCCGUUCAACACGCCGACCAUAAAAACCGGGUCGGAAAAUGAAGCUCCUGAAGCCGAGCUGGGUCAACCACAAUGGUAAGCCAAUAUUUUCAGUGGACAUCCACCCAGAUGGGACGAAGUUUGCUACUGGCGGGCAGGGAGAGGAUUCUGGUAAGGUGAUGAUCUGGAAUAUGGCACCUGUCCUUAGAGAGGAGGAUGAGAAAAAUGAAAACAUUCCCAAGAUGCUUUGCCAGAUGGACAAUCACCUCGCGUGCGUAAACUGUGUACGCUGGUCAAACAACGGCUUGUACCUGGCGUCAGGAGGAGACGACAAACUGGUCAUGGUGUGGAGGAGAGCCGCGUUUAUUGGUCCCAGCACAGUUUUUGGUUCCAGCAGUAAACUGGCCAAUGUGGAGCAGUGGAGAUGUGUUACCAUUCUGAGAAACCAUACUGGAGAUGUGAUGGACGUAGCGUGGUCUCCUCAUGACGUGUGGCUGGCCUCCUGCAGCGUGGACAACACCAUCGUCAUCUGGAAUGCACGCAAAUUCCCAGAGAUGGUGGUGUGUCUCAGGGGUCACACGGGGCUGGUGAAGGGCCUCACCUGGGACCCGGUGGGGAAGUACAUUGCCUCCCAGGCAGACGACCACAGCCUCAAAGUGUGGAGGACCAUGGACUGGCAGCUGGAGACCAACAUCACCAAGCCUUUCAGUGAGUGUGGAGGGACGACCCAUGUCCUCCGUCUGUCCUGGUCUCCCGAUGGUCAGUAUCUUGUAUCAGCUCAUGCUAUGAACAACUCGGGGCCCACCGCCCAGAUCGUAGAGCGAGACGGGUGGAAGACCAACAUGGACUUUGUGGGCCACCGUAAGGCUGUCACUGUGGUGAAAUUCAACCCAAAGAUUUUCAAGAAAAAACAGAAGAACGGAAGCUCUCCUAAGCCGGGGUGCCCAUACUGCUGCUGUGCCGUCGGCAGCAAGGACCGCUCGCUGUCUGUCUGGCUAACCUCGCUGAAGCGCCCCCUGGUGGUCAUCCAUGACCUGUUUGAUAAAUCCAUCAUGGACAUAUCCUGGACGCUGACUGGCCUGGGCAUCUUAGUGUGUUCGAUGGACGGUACUGUGGCCUACCUGGACUUCUCACUGGAUGAACUGGGAGACCCGCUUAGCGAGGAGGAGAAGAAUGCCAUUCACCAGAACAUCUAUGGUAAGAGUCUGGCCAUCACCAGUACGGAGGCCCAGCUCUCCACCACCAUCAUCGAGAACCCGGAGAUGCUGAAAUAUCAGCAGGAACGCCAGAACGCGACCCAGGCCAACUCCAGGCCAGGCAGCACCGGUCCGGAAUCCAGCACACCUAAGCUGAACAGUGUGAUGAACGGAGAGUCCCUGGAGGACAUCAGGAAGAAUCUUCUGAAGAAGCAGGUGGAGACAAGAACACCCGAUGGCAGGAGACGGAUCACACCUCUCUGUAUCGCUCAGCUGGACACAGGGGAUUUCUCCCCAGCUCUCUUUAACAGUGUUCCCAUCUUGCCUGGGUCUUCCAUGCCCACCCCUCAGCUAAGCUCUGAUUCCAGCCAGGGACAGGCCUCCUCUCUGGGGCUGAGGCCAGGCCAGGACCCCCUCCUCACCUCCCCUCCACCCACUGGCACCCCCAAGGUCCUGGAGGACAACAAUGAUGGGGUGAAGCCCAGCCUCCUGUUGAACACCGCCUCCAAGAUGGAGCCGAUGAAAGCCCUGGACUCCAGAUUCACAGAGAGGUCGAAGGCCACACCAGGAGUCACUACCGCUAUCUCGUCCGCCGUGGGGCUCACGCCGCUGGACAGGGCGAAGGAUACCUCCCUUGUCCAUAAAGAUGUGAAAAACAAGGAGGACACCAGCAGCGACAGUGAAGACAAGAUGGCCACCAUCAACAAGAAUCUGUCAUUCACCAAGAGGAAGGCGGAGCUCAUGAUGGACGGAGGAGAGGUGGUGGAGAAGAGGAAGAAGGGGAGACCCAGGAAAGACAAGAUGCCAAUAACCAUUUCUCAACCCUACUCUCAGGUGAUUCCUCCAUCAGACAGGGAGCCCAGUAGAGUUUCAGUUCAUCCAGCUCCUGUUCUCAAACUACCGACACCCAGCACGCAGAAAGCGUUCAGCCUACAGGUGAGCAUGGAGCCCUCGGUGUUCCUGGAGGUUGAGAACGACGUGUCCAUGGUCGGGGGGUCCAGGCUCAGCCAGUUGAAAUGUUCCAGAGGAGGGAAGGACUGGGAGACCGUCCUACCCAGUCCUGUACUCACGGCUGCUGGGAGCAGUGACGUCAUCACAGUGGCGUGUGAGGACGGGAUGUUGUCGGUGUUCUCCUCCUGUGGCCGUCGGCUACUUCCUGCCAUCCAGCUGGCCACGCCCGUGUCAGCUCUGCACUGCUCAGGACACUACGUGAUGGCUUUGACCGCGGGGGCCAUGCUGUUUGUCUGGGACGUCCAGAAACAGACGGCGCUGGUGAAAAAUGAAUCCCUGCAGACCAUCUUAUCAGGUGCAGACACCACUGUGUCCCAGUCACUUCUGACCCAGCAGGGAGUUCCUGUCAUCGGCCUCUCCAACGGGAAGUCCUACUGCUUCAGCUCCUCGUUAGAGACAUGGACACUGAUAGCAGAUAAAGGAGACUCCCUUGUCCAAUGUGCCGACUUCAGGAAUUGCCUGCCAUCCCAUGAUGCAUCUGUGUCGUCUGGGCCGCUGGCUGUCAUGCAGGGACGCAACCUCAACGCUGGUCGCCUGGCCUCUCGUCUGUCGUCCACCCCUCAUCAGCUCCAGCAGAGUGUGACACUGGCCUUCCUGGAGAACCAGCUUGCAUCCGCCGUCGCUCUGCUCUCCGCCCGGGAGUAUCGCUACUGGCUUCUCAUCUACGCCCGCUUCCUGGUCAAUGAAGGUUCAGAGCAUCGUCUCAGAGAACUUUGUCAGGAACUUCUGGGUCCGGUCCACAAGUCUGCCUCCACAGCCUGGGAGCCUACCACUCUGGGUCUAUCUAAGCGUGAGCUUCUCAGAGAGGUGCUUCCUGUCAUCGGUCAGAACCUGCGAUUCCAGAGACUUUUCACAGAAUAUCAGGACCAACUAGAGCUGCUCCGCACUAAAUAACGCGCGCGCACACACACACAACGCAUAACACACACACCCACAUGAAACACCCACACACGCCACAACACAUUUGGACUCGCCCUCAGACCGGAUUUGGUUUGUUUUGGCCCAGCUCGGCUUUGCUGCGCCACUCUACUACGAAUCUCUGCCGACUGUGCCGAGGUGUAUCCCGGCCGGUGCCGAGGUGUACCCCGGCUGGUUUGCCCCCACCGAGACGUUCGAGACAUUGGCCCGGUGUUGACCUUUGAACUCUUCUAUUUAGAAACCUUUCUGGUUUUUUUUUUUAAGGACAUUAAUCAUGGCUAAGCUACAAAUUCACAGAAGAACGAGUUUCAUUGCUCUUCAUCACGAGGAAGAAGAGGAGUGAGCCUGCUGUUUUUCUGUUUUUUAUUUUUUGUAAAUAUGGAGAGUUGGGGUGAAGGGUCACCCAGCUCUCGUUUUUUCCACUAAAUGUCCUUCUUGUGACCUCUCCGUCUGCCCUGCCCUGUCCGUAAACCACGACUGAGAAACGCAGCGGCGGGUGUUGGAGAAACCUCGCCGGGUGGCUUUCCUGCGUGCGAGUCUUUACGUACCGACAUCCUGUCCUGAGGUCUCAGCAGCCCGAGGACGCCACUCAGCACAACACACGGACGGACGGACGG